UUGACUGAACUGCAUGUAUAGUUGCGGGAAGUUUUGACUCAAAAAUGGAUCAAAAUUACUUGGCUCACUUUCUUCCCAUAGUGUACAGUUACAACUAUCGUCAGUAAUCUGUAUACCAUGCUUCGUUUCACAUUAAGACCAACAAUGGCUAGGACGAAGAUGGACUAAAUAAUAUUUUUGCAAAAGAAAAAAAAUUCUUCCUUCUGAUCCCACUAGAAUAUAUGAGAUGACUGCUAAUACUGUGCCACUAUCAAAUGCCGAGAAGGAAGUGAGAAAAAUACUGGAUGAAGCUAUUAGUGCCUGUGUCACUGCUUCCACUCCAGGGAUAUCAUGGGGAAAGCUGAUGACUAUAAUACAGAUGCAGAAGCCUCUUGUGGAUGACUAUAUCUCUCAAAGAAGAAGGGUACAACCUAUACAGGAAGUUAACAUAGGGGACAGUGUUAACCCUUUUAGGGCUGAAAUUGUGAAGUUAAUUCAUGCUUUGCAGCUUACUGGCCGCUUUACGAAUACUAAUACUGCACCACUGGAAAUUACUAGGGAAAAUAAUAGAGUGAUAGAUCCAUACAAAGUAAGCUUAUAUGAUAAUGAUCAUCAGACAGGACGUGAAAUUACAGUAAGUAAAAAAUCUAAAAAUACCAAAUGGGGUGUGAAACAUUUUGGAAUGGCAAGCAAAAUGCAUGAAGUUUCUGAAGAAAGUCAUCUCCUCAACACUUACAAUGAUGCAGGUGGAGGACAGAACAGUGGUCCAUUUUCAUUUACUUUCAAUGUCCACAGUGAAGGAAUAACCAAAGGCCACCAAAGUGAACAGCUAAAUGAGCUAAAUAUAGACACUGCAACUUACAGAAAUGAUUAUAAUUCAUAUUUAAUAGCACGGUAUGAAAGUGAAUAUGGUGAUGUAAACCUCUUAAGCACAAAGAAUGGUGAAUUCAGUAAGUUACAUCAUGAUGAUGAAGAAGAAGAAGCUCAGUAUGUCGAACAUGAUAUGCAUGUACUAAAGAAAAGCAGCUCUGAUCAUCUGUGUGUGUACUCCAAAAAUAAAAGUGAAAAUAGAGGUACCUCUAGCAGUUUGUGUGAUAAUACUAAUCAGAAGUUGCAAACAUGCAAGUCAAAAGGCAAUGGCAUUCACUGCGAUGAACAAACCUCAAGCCAGAUUGUUAAAAAUGUGUCACAGCAUUACCACCCAGAAACAUCUGGAAAGUGGGAGGAAAAGCCCUUAGGAGCUAAUUUAUACCCUACUUAUUCGGUUAUCUGUGCAGAUAGCUCUUCUGAACAUUUAGCCUGGAUGUCACAUAAAAAUGAAAGAGAUUACACCUACAACAAAAUGCAAGAAAGGUCAGUGUCAGAUGAACAAAAGGAGCCUCUCAGUGAGGUAACAGAUUCCGAAAGUGUUUGUGAGCUGUACAGAAUGAAAGAAAAAUCAUAUAACAACAACUCAGUGGAUUCGGCAUCAAAAGGUAAUAGUCCUAAUAAUAAAAUACUUGUGACUAAUGAUCAGCUUCACUUGCACCCAGUAGCAGGUUCAAGAUCACAAUUUAUAAAUUUAGAACAUGUUAUGGAUGAAAGAACAUAUGUGACUAGAGGCAGUUCCAAGAAAUAUUCUUCGCUCUCUGGAAAUACUGCAGAGUAUCACUUUCAAAAUUUCAUUCAGCCGGAAGAUGAGAAUAACAUCCAGAUGCUGCUUGAGCAUAAUCUCUCUUCUGGCUGCAAAUCUACACAUUAUAAAAGUAUUCAUGAGGUAAAUGCAGUACCAGACUGUAUAUUAGAGGAUACACUUGGAGAUCAAAGCAGACAACAGAUCCAAGAAAACAUUGUGGAUAAAAAUGAGGAAACUGAAACUAGUAUAUUGGAACAUAGAUACCAAAUAAUGAGCAGUUCAAGUGACAGUUUGAAUGAUAAGAAGGAAACUGUAUCUGGGAGAAAACCAGUUUUGCAGACAUUUCAUCAAGUUAAUGACAUUCAACAACAUUUGAAUAAUGCAACUAGUUGUAAUAAUACUGCUGUUAGUAACAGCAUCAGUACGUCAUAUGUCAAUACAGCUGCUGAUGAAUAUCAAAACAAAAACUCAAGUAAUACAUUUUCCAAUAAGAAGGUAUACUGGAGCUCUGUGGGACUAAUCAUUGAAGACCUGAUUGAUUCAAAUAUUCUGCCUGUAGCAGGACAGUCUGAUAUGACGUUGACCGAACCACAAGAUUCAAAAGCUGACAAAAAGUCUUUUAUUCUAUAUGAUGAUAAAAGUACAAGAGAUCAAAUUAUAGACAUUGGAAACACCAACAGCUCCACAUCAGACAUAAGUGAUGGGACUGAGGACACUUCUUUCAUAACUGAACCUGAUGUAAAGGGUUCCACAGAUCUAUUAGGAAAAGGCAGGUCACCCUCUGGAAAAUUACUUUCAGAGGGUACUUCUGAUAAAAGUAAAAAAACAAAAAAUUCACAACCAAAAAGAUCAUUUUUUAAAUCACUGCAACGAGUCUUUCAUUUUUCACGAAAACAUUAAUUUCCUUGUAUGCCCAAAGGAAAGACAUAUAAAAC